AUGGCAUCCUUGGAAGACAUCCACAGAGAAAAGAAGGCGGAUGCGAGACAGCCGAGGUGCAACAAACACGAUGAGUUCAAAAGGCUUUACUGCGAGACCUGUCAAGAGUUGCUCUGCCGGGGCUGCGCAACCCAAAGUCACUGUGAACCGCAGCACCGCGUCACAGACGCCGGAGCUGCCUCCAGCGACUGCGAGCCGACAGACUUCACCCUGCUGUCUUCCGAUUCAGAACUACGGCAACUCGAAGACUCAGCCACGUCUCGGGCCAGGCGGGAGCUCGAGGCCGCGGUGACUGCGAGCCUUCAGGAGGUGGAGGACACCGCGGAUGGCAUCAUAGCAGACGUCCGCGCCGAAGCGAGUCGGGUGUCUGAGCUGAUCAAAGCCGUCCGACAGAUUCGCCUCGGAGCAUUCGAUGAGAGAGCGAAAGCCCAAACCGCUAAGCAGCGCAACAAACAACGAUCACUCCAAGCUGCCGGAAAAGUAAUCGAGAAUGGUGGUGACAAAGAUGAAGAGAGUGACCCCCUUGAUCGCCGUCCCGCGGUCAAAAGCAAGGUCGAGGAGUCGCCAAAUCUCUCCGAGAUUUAUCAGGGGCUUGCCUACGUCAGGUUCCAGAGAGGGCCGGGGCUGAGCGGCUUCUUUCUUGGCACACUGCGACUGGAAGCCAAGUGGGAGCUGUGCUGCGAGUUUGGCGAGCAGGGUCUGGGUCCGGGGGAGUUCAACGGGGCUCACGCCAUCGCCUUCCUGUCAACGGACCGGAUCGCCGUGGCAGACUGGUACAACAAGAGAGUUGUGAUCUGCGGCACUGACGGACGGAUCAUGAACACCAUCCUCAUCAAAAGCAAUCCUCGUGGUGUGGCAGCCAUAGGAGAUCAGAUAGCGAUUGUGGACACGUCGCCCUGGGUAGCCAUGUUCAAUCGCGACUGUGAAUUUGUCUCAAAGUUCGCCACCGUGCUGCAGAGCAAGGACAAUGCCAAGACAGACGUGGACCUGCGAGGCAUCGCCGUCACGAAGGACGGUACCCUCCUCGUGGGAGACGCCAAACAGAACGUCCUGACGGAACACAGCCCCGACGGCACGCUGAUAGGGUCAGCACCGGUCAGCGUGCGGCCCAGCUACCUGGCAGCGGACGGUGGUGGGAGAUUGAUGGUCAUCAGCGGGGGAGUCCAGGAGGUGCAUGUCCUCCAUGGCUCCACUCAUCGGGCUUCAUCCAACACCACAGUCACUACCACCACCACCACCACCAUCCGACCGUCUAUUGACGGCCGGCCGGUCAAGCACAGCAACGGCGUCUGCUGCGACCGUUCCGGAUGCGUCUACAUCGCAGUGGACAGCGGAGAGGGCACGGGGCACAUUCACCGCUACCGCUCGGAUGGUAAAUUUCUGGAGUGCGCAGUGCAGGAUCUGUGUAACCCGUAUGGGAUCGCUUUCACUGCUGAUGGGCAGCAGCUGGCAGUUGCAGACUGCUACUCCGUCAAGUUGUAUCGCAAGGUGUGAUUGUAUUGUAAAGGCCCCACGCAAAAUGACGGUCUUCAACCGCAUAAAGUGCUUAUGUCAACUGUACAACUAAAUAAAUCUCUUUUGUGU